AUGCCAGCGAGCGACCGUCUGGAUAAAGUCUUCGCGGCACUCCUGGCCCGCCGGGAAUCCAAGAACCAACUCCGGAGAUUGACACUCGUCCCGGCCGGGAGCGCCGACUUCUCGUCCAACGCAUACCUAUCCCUCUCGACCCACCCAGACGUCCAGCGUCGGUACCUCGCCCGGAUCAAGGCCCACCUGAAGCCAUCCAAGACACCAUCGAACGUUGAUGACGAUGGCAGCAGAGACAGCACGGCACUUCUCGGCUCCGGCGGCUCGCGUUUGCUAGACGGCAACGUGUCUCUGGCGGAGUCGCUGGAGAGGGACAUUGCAGCUUUCCACCGCGCCCCGGCUGGGCUCCUUUUCAACUCGGGCUUCGAUGCGAACGUUGGUCUCUUCAGUUGUGUUCCGCAGCCGGGGGACAUCAUUGUCUAUGACGAGCUCAUCCAUGCGAGCGUGCACGACGGCAUGAAGCUGAGCCGGGCCGGGAAGAAGGUCGCUUUUGCACACAAUACCGUGGAACCAACAGAUGCUCAAAAAUGGCCGCAGAGUUUGAGCGAGGUUCUCUCGAGAUUGACCGAUGGCGAUGAAGGCCGACAAGUGAGAGAAGGUUCGAAACGCGUCUUCGUUGCGGUCGAAGGAGUGUAUAGCAUGGAUGGUGAUGUGGCCCCUCUAAGAGAGGUUGUUGAAUGCGUUGAACGUCAUUUGCCCCGUGGGAACGGCCUCCUCGUCGUCGAUGAAGCGCACUCGACGGGUUUGCUGGGAGAAAGAGGCCGAGGGCUGGUAUGCGAGCUGGGUCUCGAAGACCGUGUGUGGGCCCGUAUACACACAUUCGGCAAAGCACUGAGUUGCUCUGGAGCGGUCGUCCUAUGCUCUCAUGUCACCCGAUCAUACCUCAUCAACUACGCUCGUAGUCUCAUCUACACCACCGCUAUGCCGUUCACGUCACUAGCAAGUAUACAGACGGCAUACGACUUCAUCAGGGACGGUCACUCCGAUGAUCUCCUCCGCCACCUCUGGCUUCUCAUUAACCAGACCAAUGAACUGCUGCUGACGCUGCUGGACCGUCAUCGACCAGAAACAGCUCUGAUGCAUCUAGCUUCGGGCAAGCCAAAAUCACCAAUCAUACCCCUAUUUACCUCGAAACCGCGUGGUCUUGCGCAGUACUGUCAGCAGCGUGGCUUCAUGAUACGGCCUAUUGUUGCGCCCACGGUCCCGGUAGGAAGUGAGCGUGUUAGGAUAUGCCUUCACGCCGGCAACACCUUUGACGAACUUGAAGGUCUGGUUUCUGCAAUCGAGGGCUGGUUGGUUUCUCAGCCAAAAUAUCGAGGGGAACUGUUCGACCAUGCUCUAAUCGCUCGUUCAGAGGUGCCGAAGUCUCGGUUGUGA